GGCGCUGAAUUACCACAGAAAGGCUUCACGAAAAGUCACUCACUAAAUUCUCGACUAUUUGGAUUACAAUUUGGGAUUAUGAUUUUUUUUUCCUCCCGGAAGAAAAACUAACGACCAAAACGACGUAGGAUUACAAUUUAUUUCUGAAAAAUGGAAUUAUCCAAUAUCAAUUUGAGAGGAAUUAUGUGCAACACAGCGUGAGGAGAGGACUAGGCUACAUUCAGUGUUUUGUUGGAAGGCUGGAGGCCCCUGGCCAGCAGAACCUUAGGAGUCAGCAUGGCAAAGAUCUGCACAGACCGGUCCUACCCGUCAACGUCCCUGCAACGGCCGUCUCUCUGCACGCCAGAUGACAAUCUGGACUCCAUCGAGAACGGAACCUCCAGGCUCUCUCACUUCCUGUUCAUGCUGCGGACCUGGGCCUCUCACAGGAUGCACCACGAGGUGGAGAGACCGAACUCCUUCCUGGAGCGCUUCAGGGGCCCUGAGCUCAAAGAGGCCUCCAGCAGAGAGAGCAUUGCACAGUCACUGCGAUACCCCGACAGAGUCCGUAAGAGGAACCAAGUCAGUCAAUGGCCGCUGGCUACGUACAAUAUGAACAACUGCAACAACACAGAUGACAAAAAAGAUGACAAGAAGGACGAAAUAAAGAAAGACGAGAAAAAACAGGAAGAGCAAAAAGAUGAGAAGAAAGAUGAGAAGGAGGAGGAGCCUAAGAAGGAGGAGCCGAAGGAGGAGCCUAAGAAGGAGGAGCCUAAGAAGGAGGAGCCUAAGAAAGAGGAGAAGAAGAAGGAGGAGCCUCCGAAAGAGAUUUGGAUCAUGGACCCAUCAGCAGACAAAUACUACAAAUGGCUCACCAUCAUCGCAGCACCAUGUUUCUACAACCUGAUGAUGCUAGUGACCAGGGCAUGUUUUAACGAACUCCAGAACACGUACACGAUUCUCUGGAUUGUCCUAGACUACACCUCAGACAUAAUCUACUAUGCAGACACAUUCGUCAGGUCUAGAACAGGUUAUUUGGAACAGGGGCUGCUUGUGAAAGACGACAAGAAGCUUAGAGACAAAUAUAAAUCAACGGCACAGUUCAAAUGGGACAUGAUUUCAAUGAUACCCACAGACCUGCUUUUUCUGAAAGUGGGCUUCAACAACCCCGAGCUCCGACUGAACCGGCUCGCAAAGAUGAACCGCCUCUUCGAGUUCUUUGACCGCACAGAAACCAGGACCAGCUUCCCCAACGUUUUCCGAAUCAGCAACCUGGUACUUUACAUCCUGAUCAUCAUCCACUGGAACGCCUGCAUCUUCUUCGCCCUCUCCAAGACCAUCGGGUUCGGCUCAGACACCUGGGUGUACCCCAACAUCAGUCACCCUGAGCAUGGCCGCCUUGCCAGGAAGUACAUCUACUGUCUCUAUUGGUCGACCCUGACCCUGACCACCAUCGGAGAAACCCCGCCCCCCGUCAGGGACUUUGAGUACAUCUUCGUGGUCGCUGACUUCCUCAUCGGCGUGCUGAUUUUCGCCACCAUUGUCGGUAACGUUGGUGCCAUGAUCUCCAACAUGAACAAAAACCGUGCAGACUUCCAGGCUAAGAUUGACUCCAUCAAACAAUACAUGCAGUUCCGUAAGGUCUCCAAGGAUCUGGAGGCCAGGGUCAUCAAGUGGUUUGACUACCUCUGGACGGAGAAGAAGACCUGCGAUGAGAAGGAGGUGCUGAAGAACCUGCCAGACAAGCUGAAGGCCGAGAUUGCCAUCGACGUCCAUCUGGAUACCCUGAAGAAGGUGAAAAUCUUCCAGGAAUGCGAGGCCGGGCUGCUUAUUGAGUUGGUGAUGAAGCUGCAGCCUCAGGUGUUCUCCCCAGGAGAUUACAUCUGUAAGAAGGGAGAUAUCGGCAGAGAGAUGUACAUCAUCAAGGAGGGGAAGCUGGCCGUGGUGGCGGAAGACGGGGUCACACAGUGGUGUGUGCUCAGCGAUGGAGCGUACUUCGGAGAUAUCAGUAUCCUGGGCAUCAAGGGUUCCAAAGCUGGCAACAGGAGAACGGCCAACAUCAGGAGCGUGGGUUACUCGGACCUCUUCGCCCUGUCGAAAGACGACCUCAUGGAGGCUCUCACUGAGUACCCUGAAGCCAAGAAGAUCCUGGAAGAGAAGGGAAAGGCUACGCUGAUGAAGGAUAACAUGAUUGAUGAGGAAAUCGCUAAUGCAGGUGCCGACCCCAAGGACAUGGAGGAGAAGAUCAUAAGGCUGGAGAGCAAUAUGGAAACCAUGAUGAGCAAGUUCGCCAAGAUCAUGGCUGAGUUUACCUCCAGCCAGAGCAAGAUCAAACAGAGGAUCACCAACAUGGAGUCAACAGUCAAGUCAGUCCGGCCCGAUGAUAUAUCUGAGGUGGUGGCCGACAAGUAGACCCAGAACACAACGUAUUUACCCAGAGACUUCAGGAACCUUUCACACUGAGCAAUGCAGAGUAAAAGGACAAAGCCAACUCAAUGUGUUUGAAUAGGGAAGGUGCGUCUGAGUGGUAGAGGUGAGCCACUCCACCCAUUGGCUCUGUGUGGGAUGUGUUGCCAGUGUGUGUGAGCCCUUGCAGUUAACACAGAGAUGGUUUAAAUACAUAGAACGGUAGAUAGUUUGAUACUUUUUGACUGUUCAUAUUUAUACUUCAUGUGUACAUUAUCAACCACGUAUUUAUGUACUUCUUCUUGUGUAAAAAUGCACCUCUAAAUAUGUGUCAAAUGUCAAUAUGUUCAUAUCCAGUGUAUGCAGGUGGAUACACCUUUCCAUAUCCAGUGUAUGCAGGUGGAUACACCUUUCCAUAUGCAGUGACUCUGAAGUUGUGCAGUGACUCUGUCUCCUGAGUGGCGCAGUGGUCUAAGGCACUGCAUCGCAGUGCUAACUGUGCCACUAGAGAUCCUGGUUCGA